AUGUCGACCUCCUCCCUUUCCGAGGGUUAUGAAAAAACGCAACGAGGUGGCACGAGAGCAUGGGAGGAGACUUUUAUGAGGAUGCACGCUGAUUCAUUUAAAGAAGUAGAGGGUCGCGGACUGACCACGAAGAUAGCCAAAAAUCUGCUUAAUAUGGAACGGAAUCGUUAUGUGGAUGUGCUACCAUUUGAUCAAUGCCGUAUUGUACUCGGGUCAAGUACUGACGAGGAUGAAUCUUACAUCAAUGCCUCUCCCGUAUCGAUUAAACAAGCACACAGAAAUUAUAUACUUGCUCAGGGACCACUUGAAAAUACCUGCAAUGAUUUCUGGCAAAUGGUUUGGGAACAGAACGUGCCAGCAGUAAUAAUGUUAAAUAAAGUUAUGGAAAGCGGUCGUCAUAAGUCAGAAUGUGUUGAGUAUUUAAAGACGAUGAUCCGCCGUGCGUCGUGCAUUGCUCUGCGGGUAUCGGUCGAUCAGGAACAUUCAUCAUCGUUGAUGGAGUGUUACGGAUGCAGGAUUCCCAGAGCAGCAUUAUAUUGA